AUGGUUAUCCUCGCCGCUUCAGUCUCAACGCGAGGCGGAAAGCCUGUGAUUAGCCGUCAGUUUCGUGACAUGCCAAGGUCGCGCAUCGAAGGCCUACUUGCAUCCUUCCCAAAGCUCAUCUCUGCCGGCUCCCAACACACUUCGGUCGAGACCGACGCCGUCCGCUUCGUCUAUCAGCCGCUCGAGGAUCUCUACAUGAUUCUCAUCACUAACAAAAACUCAAACAUCCUUCAGGACAUCGACACGCUUCACCUCUUUGCCCGUGUCACUUCUGACAUCUGCAGGUCGCUCGACGAGAGCUCGGUGCUUCGAUAUAGCUUCGAACUCCUCGGCGCCUUUGACGAGAUCGUAUCGCUCGGCUAUCGGGAGAAUGUGAAUCUGACUCAGGUCAGGUCCAUUCUCGAGAUGGAGUCACAUGAGGAAAAGAUCCAAGAGAUUAUCGAGAGAAACAAGGAGAUGGAGGCCAAGGAGGAGCUCAAACGUCGUGCAAAGCAGCUCGAGAUGCAGCGCAGAGAUGCCGCUCGCCGUGGACAGAUGGGCGGCAACUCGGGCGGGUUUGGCUCAUCUGGUGGAUAUUCCAGUGUGCAGCAACGUUUCGAGCCACCACCCACACAGGCGCCCGUCCAGACCGGCUUCUCUUCCAGCUCGACCUCUGCCGCUAAACCAUUCAAGGGCAAAGGUAUGCAGCUGGGCAAGAAGUCCAAGGGUGCCGAACUUCUUGGAGCCAUGGGUGGCGAUCUGGCUGCUGCUGCCGCGGCUGCCGAUGAAGAGCUCACCGCGGCUGCCAACGCUGCCUCCGCUUCGCUCGCUGCUGCUGCCAACGCUGCUCCAUCCUCCGCCGUCCGUGCUGCCCCAGCAGCGUCAGUGGCCGCUAUCGACCCUCUCGACUUGCUCGAACCUGUUCAACAGGAGCCUGUGCAUGUCGUCGUCAAGGAGCGAAUCUCGAUCACGGGCAACCGUGAUGGUGGCCUCGAAUCGCUCGAGAUCAAGGGUGACCUCUUACUUAAGAUUACCGACCCGUCCCUCGCUAAAGUGCGUCUUCAGCUCGCACCACCAGAGGCCAACAAUCUUGUCCUUGCCGCCGGCGAUCUUCAGUUCAAAACCAACCCACAAAUUGAUAAGGCUGCCUGGUCUUCUGACCGCAUCGUCGCGCCACGAGACGCGAGGAAGCCUUUCCCCGUCAACCAGUCGCUCGGUGUCUUGCGAUGGCGUAUGGUUACCAAGGACGAGACCGCUUUGCCGCUCUCGAUCAAUUGCUGGCCCUCGCCCAACGGUGAAGGCGGAUGCGAUGUCAAUAUCGAGUACGAGCUCGAGAACGAAGAGCUUGGAGAACUGCGUAGCGUCAUCAUCGCCAUCCCGUUGCCAGCGGGAUCGGUUCCUUCGGUCGAAUGCCCCGAUGGCUCCUGGACCGUCAACGAUGAGACCAACAACCUUGAAUGGAGCCUCGACAGCAUUUCGAGCAGCAACAAGUCUGGUAGCUUGGAAUUCUCGGUCACAGAAGGCGCCGACAAUGUCGAUGUAUUCUUCCCCGUUGUCGUCGACUUUGUCUGCGAAAAGACGCUCUGCGAUGUGACUGUGACAAACGUCGUCUUGGCCGAUACAGGCGCGCCCACCACUUUCUCGCAGCAAUCGGUGCUGAGCGCCGACAACUAUGUAAUCGCCUGA